AUGGGACCUGAAUAUGCUUGCUAUGCCUCUGAUGUCACGACCUCGUUCCCCGCUAAUGGAAAGUUCACGGAUAAGCAAAAGAUAGUUUAUAAUGCCGUACUUGAUGCGAAUCGUUCCGUAUUCAAAGCAGCAAAACCAGGCGUUCGCUGGACCGAUAUGCAUAUGCUUGCUGAAAAAGUCAUUUUAACACAUUUGAAGAAUGCAGGGCUACUCACAGGUGACGUAGACGCUAUGCUUGCUGCUCGAAUAGGAGCUGUGUUCAUGCCUCAUGGUCUUGGUCAUUUCCUCGGUCUUGAUGUGCAUGACUGUGGAGGUUACCUAGGGGAUGCCACACCACGUUCAAAACUUCCCGGAUUGAGCUCUUUGCGGGUGACUCGAACUCUAAAGGAGAGAAUGGUCAUAACGAUUGAACCAGGUUGUUAUUUCAUUGAUACCUUACUUGAUGCCGCUUUCAAUAAUCCCGAACAAGCCAAAUUCCUUGUAAAAGAUGAAAUUAACAAAUACCGAGGACAAGGCGGGGUGCGCAUAGAAGACGACGUUGUGAUAUGGGAGAAAGGCAAUGAAAACAUGUCCAUUGUUCCUCGAACUGUUGAAGAAAUUGAACACUUCAUGGCGUCUGAAGAGUUGAACGACUCUACUAUAGCAAAGAGCGUAUCUGAUCAUCUCAGCAAACACUAA